ACAUGCGCACACAACUAGCUACGCCAUGGGGAAUACCCCGCUUCACGAUGGGGUACAGAUGAGAGAAAGUAUACUUGGCGUGAUCAAGAGACCAUAGCUGCGAAUGUGAAGUAAUCGCCGAGUGCACGACAGCUACAUACGCUACACGAAGAGCAGCGCUCACGCUGACAAGAAGCUAAUGGCGUCUGAACCUCAAAUGAAUGAGGCCGAUAGGGCAGUAGCUGCUCGCCCUCAACUCCCUCAUCCAGACUUGACUCUUCCCAUCCCGACCUUAACCUUUGACUACCGGAUGUCGGUGGAGUUAAACCCAAAGAUCGCAGUUGGACGCGUGCCAUCAGGGGGCAUCCGGAACUGGAUAUCUUUCUCUGGAGGCUCCUGGGCAGCGACAUGGGGCUCGGGGACAGUCCUCCCCGGCGGACAAGAUUCCCAGCUCGUAGAUUCAGAAUCGUACGUGGUUAAGAUGGAAACUAUGUACCUUCUUAAGACGAAUGAUGCGGACCCUGCUUACAUCGAGAUACGCACGCGUGGGUUUAGGACAGGUCCGAAAGAGGUGCUACAAGCGCUACAAGAUCCUGUUAGAGCAGAUUCAGUUGAUCCCUCGACGUAUUCAUUCCGGCUUUCGGUGGCGAUGGAAACUGGCGACGCGAGAUAUGCUCCCAUCGUGAACCAGGGCAUGUGGAUUGGAAGUGGAAUGCGCAAGGGUGCUCAAGUUGUAUAUGAUGCAUAUCGGAUCGCAUAGGGAUUUCUAGCCUGGGG